AUGAGGUACAUUGAAGCUCUGCCAGAAUCAACCUUUGGUAUCGAUUUACAGUUGAAGCCUAGCAGUCAAAGUUGUCAACGGUCCAGUCCAGCCCAGGCAUUUCCAGUCCAGUCCAGUCCAGCCCAGAUCAGAACCUUCCAUCUCGACAGAAACGAAGUCCCAGCUUGGCACGCUCGCACACCAAAGAAAGCUGACUUGCUGACCAGUUUAUGGUUCUCAAGGCAGUGGGGAACUUUGCCCUUCCAUCAUAGGAGUAAACGCAAAACGGGUGAACAGGUUGCAAAGGGUUACUCUCAGAAGCCUGGAAUAGACUUCAAUGAGACCUUUGCACCAGUGGCUCGGCUUAACACUGUGAGAGCUUUGGUAGCAUUGGCUGAACAGAAGAAUUGGAAGCUUUUCCAAUUAGAUGUGAAAUCCACUUUUCUCAAUGGAGUACUAAAUGAAGAGGUGUAUGUGGAUCAACCAUCCGGCUUUGUGAUACAAGGAAGUGAAGAUAAGGUGUAUAGGCUUAAGAAGGCUUUGUAUGGUUUGAAGCAAGCUCCAAGAGCUUGGUACAAAGAGAUAAAUUCCUAUUUUACUAGAGCUGGUUUUCAUAGGAGCUUGAGUGAAGCUACUUUAUACACUAAGAGGUCUGCAAGUGGUAUUCUUAUUGUGUCAUUCUAUGUAGAUGAUAUUAUCUAUACAGGGAGCUCAAAGGAGAUGAUGCUUGAAUUUAAGAAUGAGAUGAUGAGACAAUAUGAGAUGACGGAUCUUGGAUUGCUUCAUCACUUUCUCGGCCUUGGGGUUUUACAAACUGACACUUGCAUUUUCUUGCAUCAGAAGAAAUAUGCAAAGACUUUGCUGGACAAGUUUGGACUCAAGGACUGCAAAUCAGUUGCAACACCAUUGGCAGUGAAUGAAAAGUUGUCUAAAAUGGAUGGGAGUGAUUUAGCAUAUGAGACUUUGUAUAGACAAAUGGUAGGAAGCUUGCUCUAUCUAACUGCAACAAGACCGGACAUUAUGUUUGCAGCUAGUCUUUUGGCCAGAUUCAUGCACAAUCCUACCAAGAAGCACAUGGGAACAGCAAAAAGGGUGCUAAGAUAUAUACAAGGUACUAUAAGCUAUGGCAUUGCUUAUGAGAAAGGAAAAGGAGCUAUGUUAAUUGGCUAUUGUGACAGCGAUUGGAGUGGUAGUGAAGAUGAUAUGCAAAGCACAUCAGGCUAUGCAUUUAACUUGGGGUCAGGAGUGUUUUCUUGGGCCUCAAUUAAGCAGAGCAAUGUGGCUCUCUCCACUGCAGAGGCAGAAUACAUGAGCGCAGCAGAAGCAACUACUCAAGCUAUUUGGCUCAAAUUUGUGCUAUUGAAUUUUGGUGAAGAACAGGUAGAACCAACUCAGUUGUUGUGUGACAACACUUCGGCUAUUGCUAUAUCAAAGAAUCCGGUUCAUCACCACAAAACCAGACACAUCAAUCGCAGGUUUCACUUCAUUCGAGAUGCUCUUCAGAAUGGUGAGAUCAAUUUGCUUUAUUGCAAAACUGAAGAACAGGUUGCUAAUAUAUUCACCAAGCCACUAGCAAGGGAUCGGUAUGAGUAUCUAAGAAAGGCUUUAGGUGUUAUCUCAGCACAACACUUAGAAGGGAGUGUUAGUUUAUAA